GACUUAUCUUCAACCUCUCGACGUAAAGCCGCGAAAAAAAAAGCAAAAUCCCCCAAAAAGAUGGCUCUGAUAUUCCCCUGUACAUUUUGUAAUUCGUUUCAACUUCAGCGAAAGACUUUUCAGAUCAAUCGCCGAUAUUCUCCGAAUUUCCGUGGAGGAGCUACGACGUGUGAGUUCCGAAUCCCUGUAGAAAUUUCCAGUCCAACAGACAGAGGAUCGUUGGCUGUUCCUUCGCACAAAGUCACUGUCCACGAUCGACAACGAGGAGUUGUUCACGAAUUUGAGGUUCCAGAGGAUCAGUACAUACUGCACUCAGCUGAAUCCCAGAACAUUACUCUUCCUUUUGCUUGCAGGCAUGGUUGCUGUACUAGCUGUGCCGUACGUGUAAAAUCUGGAGAGCUGAGGCAGCCACAAGCAUUGGGAAUAUCAGCAGAACUAAAGUCCCAGGGCUAUGCACUUCUUUGUGUGGGUUUCCCUACAUCUGACCUUGAAGUAGAAACACAAGACGAGGACGAGGUCUACUGGCUACAAUUUGGAAGAUACUUCGCUCGUGGACCAAUUGAAAGAGACGAUUACGCCCUUGAACUCGCCAUGGGAGACGAGUAGAAACAAGAACAAAAAGUCGCGAACUCUCUGUACUAGAAGUGACUAGUGAGUGUUACUUUUCAUAGUCCUGAAUCUCGUUGGUGCAUCCUCGUAAAUCUCUUAAUGAACUCAACGAUAUUCCGAUAAAACUUCCCAACAAUUCAACAUUUUGUGAAAAAAACUUGUGAACCUUUUAACCAUAAACUCCAAAUUUGCAACAAAGUUUUUGUUUGCAUAUCUCUAGCCUCUACUGAAGUGUUGUAACCUUUCGGUCCUAAGUAAUGGUCAUAAACAGUAUUCUUCAAA